GCGUGUUUUCCUGUUUUCUUGCGGAAGUCAGGCUGCGGUUAUCGUUCAAACAUGGCGACCGACAAAAGAUGGUUAUUUACGGGUGUUUUGGUCAUUUUUAUAUUAAUCACAGAAAGCCAUUGCAGGCUACACCAUCUCGAACUUAAGGACGACGUCCGACGGAAGGUGCAUUUGAACACUUUCGGGUUCUACAAGGAUGGUUACAUGACUGUCAACAUGAGCCGGCUGUCCCUGAGCGGAGACAGUCCUGAAAAUAUUGACGACUCUACGAUUGGAUUCAGUCUAGAUAGGACCAGCAGCAAUGGAUUCUCUACGUUUUCGGAUGAAGAUAUUGACUACUGCAUUCUAAAGAAGCUCCCCAGUAGUGACUUGGCGGUUGCCCUGCUGCUGAUCGACUUCAAUAAGAAAGUAGUGAGGAUGAAGACCUCAGCUGAGGAGAACAUUUUCCCCAACAUCAUUUCGGGCCUUGCCAAGCCCUCCCCGGAAACAGAGGGGAAGGAUCUGGAGAAAGCGGGUGAGGCUGAACCAAAACCUGAAACCAAACCUGAACCCCAGCCCACAGUCAAAGCAGAUGGUCAGAGUAAAUCCAAACGAGACACUUCAGAGGCAAAUAAGUCAGAGGUGUCUUAUCCUCUGCAGCAUAAGGAUGGAGUCUACUCCUUCCAGUUUUACUUCAACGUCACCACGGACAACCAGCAGGGCCUCUACAACCUGUACUUCCACAACUGCUACAGCAAGGAGCCCCAGACCAACGGGAUGCUCCGCUUCAGCAUCGAGAUCAACAUCGUGGAGAAGAACCCCGAGAGCUUCCUGUCCGCGGGGGAGAUCCCGCUGCCCAAGCUGUACAUCAUCAUGUCCGUCUUCUUCUUCCUCAUCGGCACGCUCUGGGUGCACGUCCUCCGAACACACAGAGCUGAUGUGUAUAAGAUCCACUGGCUCAUGGCAGCUCUUCCCUUCACCAAGUCUCUGUCGCUGGUGUUCCACGCUAUUGAUUACUACUACAUAUCCAAUCAGGGCUUUCCAAUAGAGGGCUGGGCCGUGGUGUAUUACAUCACCCAUCUCCUGAAGGGGGCGCUGCUGUUCAUCACCAUCGCCCUGAUUGGGACGGGGUGGGCCUUCGUCAAGCACAUCCUGUCCGACAAGGACAAGAAGAUCUUCAUGAUAGUCAUCCCCCUGCAGGUCCUGGCCAACGUGGCCUACAUCAUCAUCGAGUCCACGGAGGAGGGCACCACGGAGUACGGGCUAUGGAAGGAGGUGCUGUUCCUGGUGGACCUGCUCUGCUGUGGAGCCAUCCUGUUCCCUGUGGUCUGGUCCAUCAGACACCUGCAGGAGGCCUCGGCUACAGAUGGGAAAGCUGCCAUUAACCUGGCCCAGCUCAAGCUCUUCAGGCACUAUUAUGUGAUGAUUGUGUGUUACAUAUAUUUCACCCGCAUCAUUGCUAUCCUGAUAAAAUUCAUUGUUCCCUUCCAGUGGAAGUGGCUCUACCAGCUCUUGGAUGAGUUGGCCACUCUCGCCUUCUUCUUCCUGACGGGGCACAAGUUCCGCCCCGCCUCCUACAACCCCUACCUGCUCCUGUCUGUGGAGGAUGACGAGGACCUGGAGAUGGAAGAUGUGGUGACCACGUCAUUGGGUGUGACCGAGGGAGUGAAGAAGGUGAAGAAGAUUUCAAACGGGCCUUCAGAGGAGAGGGAGACCGUGGCGUGAGGGGGAGGGAAGGAGGGGACACCUCAGGACUGAACCUCAAUGGCCAUUAAGAUUUUUUUGGCCUUUUUUUUUUUUUUUUGGAACUCGAUGGGAUCUUCACAUGAGCUGAGACUCGCAGUGCAGACCCCUUAUCCAGUACUAACCCCCCACCCAUAGCCCCCGCCCUGCCCGCACACACACACACACACAUAAACACACAUAAACACACAAACUCACACACACACAGACACACACUCACACACACACACACACACACAAACUCACACACACACACACACACACACACACACUCACAUACACACACUUAAGCAUCUCCCCAGAAGAAGGAAGCAUGCAGUCAUACACACGAUGUCUGUAUAGCUGCAUACAUGUAAGCAAGUACCUCUGCUGUAUACAACGUCGUCUGUCUUCAAAGGGAUUGGGAUUUUUUCCCCUCUAUUUUCUUCCUUAAUUUAUCCGAACGCUUGGUUUUUAGAAGAAAAGUUACAUUGGACUGGAUUUAUGUUUUUAUUUAUUUUCUUUUAACAUUUUUAUAAUAUAUUUCAGAUUCUCUCCGGAUUGGUUAACCUCCAUGCCUCUCUCUCCUAUCACCAGAUAUACUCCAGUAACCAUAAGAACCCAAUGUGUGCACUUUAUUUUUCAGCACCGGUAUUGCUGCCGAUACUUCGUCUAAAAGCAUAUUCAACUUUGUACGUGAAAAAGUGGUUCAUGCACGCCGCUGCACUGGAGGCUGGGGCAGACUUCGCUAACUUGUUUUUUUUUUGUUUGUUUUUGGGUUUGCUUUUAUAACUUAGCCGAUUAGUACCGUUUGUGUUAUUUCAGAGGAAAGGUGAGACUUUCGUUAGCUCGCGCUAGUUACUCUCUGUGGUUGAGAGCCGUUACUUAGGCUAACACCGGAGCACUGACGUUUACUGGAACCAGACACUGCAGCAUUUCAGGGAUACAGCCAUCUUCACUCAAACUCUAAAGUGUGCUGGUACUAACGGCUACAUGUUAUAGGGGCAUUUCGAUAGCAAUGUGAAUAUAAAUGAGCCUGCUGACGAACAUACAGCAAUUCAAACGCUCCAUUGAUUUGAGUACUAUGGGGUUUUCUGGUCAGGCAUUCCGUCAGGUGAAACCGUUGAUUUGCGUCAUGGGAGCGAUGACCGUGAGCAGGUGCCCUCUUGUGGCAGGCCGAGAUAUUGCAAACUUUAGAUUGCACAGUAAAUGCAUGUGACAGUGCAAAACAAAAUCAUAAUAAUUUCUAUCUAACCAAAAUGAGAGCAUUGACCAGGGUAUUCUGCCUGUCUCUGGUGUGGAAUUUCCUGUGUUUGGUGUCCUCGAUGUACAUGUUUUUUUUUUUAAAUCUAACCUUUAUUUGCUUAUUUUUCUUUAGGUUUUUUAAAUGGUUUGCAUUUGUAAAUAACAGUGCUUUUGUUUUUUUUUUUUUGAUUUAAUAAAACAAUGUGACGAACAUUGAAAUGUGUAAAUUGUAAAGCGAUGAGCCGUGAUCUUGUGAAUGUUUGAACUUCAUAAAUAAGACUUGUGGAAUC